UGUUUAUCAGCUUUUGUUCAUAUAUGAACUGAAAAAGACCCAGUUUUCUAUGGGCACAAACGUUUAGAUCGUUUCCAGGCCAUUAUAUACACGAAUUAUUCUUGGAUUCAAGCGCAGAUUCAUCAAUUUGUCCCCUCUGUAAAAAUCGUCAAAAUUAUCCUUUCAAAGGAGCUUGAUAUAGUGAAAUUUAACCGAGUCUUUGUUAUUCUCGUAAAAUAUACUGAAAAUUUGGUGCAUUCAUGACGUAGUAGUCUCAUCGUCUAUCCUGCAAAACUUCUCGCACAAAUCGUGUGAAUUCGUGAAAUUUGACCCUGAUAUCGUUUUUCUAGGAGUAUUGAAAAUUCAGUCCGACUCUGUCUAUGUCCUCAUUGUCUGUCCUCCGGAAUUCUGCUUAAAAAUCCUCCAAAUUGACUUAGAUUUUCUUCAUUCUUGCAAAAUUCUAUAAGAUUUAGUGAAAUCUGGCGUAGAUUUCCAUGGUAGGCUUGAGUUUUCCACAGUACAUGAAGAUUUCCAUAUUCCUGUAAAUAUCUCUCUAUGUUUAGUGAUUUUCAGAGCAAUUUCUGUACAUAAUCGUCUUUUACCCUUUAAGUUUACUCUAAAAAGAUCCUGUACUAUAGUACCUUAGGGUUUUCAGCUGUAUAAAGAUUUGUAUAAACUUGUCUUCUAGCUGUAUAAAGUUUUGUCUGAACUUGUCUCUAACUCUGCCGCUGUGUAUAAUUCGCGAAGAUUUUUUCUCUCUUAAGAUUUUGAAAGUCUUCGCAGGGUCGCGGGUUUGAAUCUCGUAGAUAAAUAUAUAUCUUGUAUUCUUUUUCGCUAUGGCUGCUUUGCAGAGUCCUGUGAUUUGCCCGUCCGUAUGUGUAAAGCAGGAGAUGAACAUGUCGGCGAUGCCUACGAGAAUAAGUUCUUUGAAAAACAGAUUUUGGGGGUUAGGUAAACAGGAUAGCUGCAGGGCUAGGAUUUUUAAGGCCAAUUUCGUGAAAUUGACGUCUCAUAAAGGAUUUCUGCAAGUUCAGUGUAGCUCCAGCAUGUCUUCUAAUAACGGAAGUGGAAGCAUGGCGGAGAAUUUCAGUGAAAAUGAUGAAGAUUAUGUCAAUUCUAGUGUUAUUGAAGCAGCUGAGGUGAAAAAUGGGUCAGAUGGCUUCUCAAUAAUAAUGAAAGAUGGCAGGCAUCUAAAGUGUGUAUUCAACAAUCCCAGUGCUGGUAUUGACAACAAUUAUGGUCCACAGUCUGCAAUUAUACUUAAGAUGGAAGAUGGAAGUGAUCUUCUUCUUCCUAUAAUUGUUGUAGAAUCAUCCUGUAUGAUGUUGAUGGAAGCAUUGCGCGAUGUACAAGUUGCUAGACCAACAGUAUAUCAUAUUCUGAAGGACAUGAUUGACAAAAUGGGAUAUGAAGUGAAGCUUGUUCGAGUAACACAGAGAGUGAAUCAGGCCUACUUUGCACAAUUAUACUUGAACAAGAUAGGAGAUGAAACAGAACAAGUCAGCUUUGACCUUCGCCCUUCGGAUGCCAUUAAUAUUGCAGUGCGUUGCAAGGUUCCAAUACAAGUGAACAAACACAUAGCAUUCUCUGAUGGAAUGAAAAUAAUUGAUGGUUUUGCCAAAGUAUCUUCACGAACUUAUAAAUCACAAGAUUUAAUGACCAGAGAACUAGACAGGCCUGAUGGAAAUACCUGUUUUGCUACCAUGGAAUUUGGUCUUGUUCGGAACAUGAUAGUUGCUGCUGAUGAAGAAAGAUACGUUGAUGCAGCCAAGUGGAGAGAUGAACUAAGUCAAUUGCGUACACAGAGAAGCGACCGAACAAAGAAAGUUUGAUACUUUCCAUUUUACAAGUCAGAAGUAUUUCGAAGGCAAGGGCAACCUCUUGUACAUACGUAGGAUUUGGAAAUCACGUAGUUGAAAGCAGAUUGUAUCUAUUAGUGUUGUAUAUCAUGUCAAAAAGAUGACACAAUCAUUAGGAGCUAAUUGUUUGCUUUAUUUAUUUACUAUGUUGUUGUGUAAGUAAUCAAGUUGAGCGAAGAUCUACUUGCCCAGUCAGUCUUCAUUUCUGUAUGUAUGCAAGAUUGCACUGAAUGCAAUUUGGCACAUAGUUACUUAUUUUGGGUGACUUAGACUAGUGUAAAUUCUAGAAUCUGUUCUGUCAGAAAGAUGGAUUAAUUUCUCUUAAAGAUUUGGGAUUGUUGUUUAUAAUAAGCUAUGUUAAGCAUUCAGGUUGCAUGCUUUUACUUUGA